AUGCGUCGAGCAGUACCUGCUUUAAAUGAAAGAAAAGAAAAGGAACGUGGGAUUACAUCGAGGAAGGUACCAUUGACCAAGGAGCAAAGGACACGCGAAGCUGAGGAACACGCUCAAGAGUUGAGGAAAGAACAUCUGAGGCGCGAAAUUGAACUCGGUGCUUUAAACACAAAGCGUUAUCGCACAUUAUGGAGGGAGAUGAUGAUGAGGACCAAAAUGCCGCAGAUUGCGGAGGAUGUGGAGAUUGCGUGGCGUAACUUCGAUCGAGCUCUCGACAUCAAGGACUACAGGAUAAGUUUUUUGAUGGACGAAUUGGCUGAAAGCGAAGAGCAAUACCAAAGAAACAUAAGAUCACACACUGAAAUUAUAGAUCGAUUAUUGGGAUUAUAUAAGGAGAGAAUGCAACGUGAAGAAAAGAACUAUCAAAGAGUCUUAAACGAGACACUUGAUCAGGAUAUCGGCAAAAUUUAUCAUCAGCAAAACGAAAAUGAGAUCUUGCUGCAAUCAAUUUCACAUGGUGUUCAACAACAAUUAGAAGAAUUAUUAAACAAUGCCAAAGGCAUUGCAUUAAGUAAGGUCGAUGCAUUCGUGGAAGAUAGUAAGGAUAUUCGCAGAAUUUCUGCAACUCAACUUGAAAAUCAAUUGCAAAGCUUCUGGGAAGAUUUACGACGAGUCCUAUCUGACUAUCAAAACAGAACGAAGGAUCGUCAAAAAUACGAGGCACUCAAAGAGAAGGACGAGAAGGAUCAGCAAGUUAUCGCGCAACAAUUGUUGCGAACAACUAAUCUUUUCGAAGAGAUACGAAAGUUUCGAAGUAAAAUAAUGACGUACGAUACUACGGCCAAGAAAGAGAUUUCUGAAAUUUUGAAUGAACACGAUUUUUUUCAAAAAGCUUACUGGACUGUGAAAAAUCGUCUUCUCUCAGAACAGACAAAAGACAAAGACCAAUUGAAGAUAUUGUCGAUUGAGUAUAACAAGACGAUAAAACAUUUAGAAGAUCUUGUGACGAAAGGUAAACGACUGUUCGGGCUGAUGAAAAUCUGUAGCAAGUAUGAAACUCUACGUGAGAAAGUAAUUCCUUUUGCUUGUCAUAUGAAGUUGGAAAACUCGUCACCUACUUCGUCGUGUCAGAUCUCGACUACAUCAGAUUGGGACAUAUCUCGUCAGAUCGAAGAUUUUCAAGACCUGACAAAUUUCUGGCGACGACUCGGCUCCGCACAAAUAAUCACUAUGCAGUUGCAAUCUGAGAAAGAUAGAUUGAAGAACGAGAGAAAUCGUUUACGCGAAUAUGUCAGUUCUUAUAUGAAGCAAGAGGUGCACGUUCAAUGUACCUGUAACUAACAUCACUUAUCUAAAAUAUCUCACUGUUCGACGAUAUUGAUCUGUAGUUAUUAGAACUGUAUGUAAAAGUGUAAUCGGUAUCAUAAUUAAACAUAAUAAGACUAUCCAAUGUUGAAGAAAAUUACAUGUAAUAAAAUAAACAAUUAUACAUA